AUGUAUCUACGUAUAUCGUACUUACGUUUCAGCAUACCACAUCUUUUCAAUGGAAUUUAUCGAAUUAUUAUGUUGAUUGGUCAAAGUGGUAGUUUAAUUAGCUGGUCUAGACCAUUACGUGUAUUUAGAGUUUGGACUCGUUUAGGUACAACAUGUGAAAUUACAAUACGACGACCAGCAUUACCAAUGGCUCCUAUGAUUGAUUUGAAUCGACAUUGUGGAUUUCAAUCUACUGUGGAUAUGAAUAUUGGGAUAUAUCUACAAAAUUAUCUACGAAUAUUAAUAAAUUGGUUACGUUUAUUUUGUAUUGCUGUAAUAUGUCUGGGCAUUCUACCAACAGCUUUAGGAUUAUUAAUCAACUUCAUUUUCAUUGUACCCUUCCGUAUUGGACCCAAGAAAACCAUUAUUAUUGGGUUUUGGGAGCAUUGGAUAUUUGGUAUUAUGCAUUUAAAAGUGGUUAUCUUACUUACUCUUCUUGGACCGCCAUGGUGGUUACGAAAUCGUUUAGAAUUAUUUCAUGAUGAAAUGACACAUCAUCGACAAGAUGCUCGUUGUAUGCGUUUACUUUGGGCAGUCGCACCAUUGCUUGUAACUAUUGGAUUAUCAUUAAGUGUACCAUAUUUAUUAGCUUACUAUACUAGUCCAUUAAUCGGUAAGAUUUUUACCUGGUUGUUAUACAGUGUAUUUUUCAAGAAUCCUGAUUGUUUAUUUUUAUUGUGUUGAUUGCUUUCAAAGAACAUAUAUUCACUGGUUGGUCUAUACUAAACAUUUAUUUGCUUAAUAAAUAAGAACUUUCGUCUAAAUUUGAACGAAUAGUUUCACAAUAUUUGGGCGCCCAGUUUAUGUGAGACAUUAAAGUGGAAGAAUGUAUUUGCGAAAUCUCAGCGAAAGAAUUUGAAGUAAAUCCAACGUUUCGCCUGGUAAUCUGGUCCAAGAUUUUUCAAGGAAAAUAUUUUCCUCGGAUACUACCACUACUACAUUUUGUUCAUCACAAUAUUUGCUGUAUCGAUUUACAGCAAUUCCUAAUUACAGACGACUGAGAUCUACGGGAUUUUUAUAUAGAUCACUAGACAGUUGUUACACUACACUUUAACGGUAAUCCCCUUUACUACGGAAGAGAAAAGUCAGAUUAUGAAAAUUUCCAAAUUCAAGAUAAAUUUAUAGUAGAAUAACUUCAUAUAUAUAACAACAAAGCAUGACCUUGGGAGAUGCAGUAAAAUUAGCAGGAUAGGAUACGUGUCCGUAAAUCUGUAGCGUAUCUACCUCUCGACAUUCAAUCACUGUACAUUAUUAAGCAUUUUCUGUUCACUUAGUGGGCGAGUGUGAAAUAUAGAACCAUAAUUUUCACUGGGAACUUCAUGUCAAGCCGUAACUUCUACUUCUUUUGCUUUUUCGUCUGGCAUAUUCGUUACAGUGGCUAGUUUGUUGAAGAGAUAUGCAGAUAGCUACAAAUAGUUAAAAUGAAAUCCUGAGUGAGAAUUAAUUAUGCUCUUAUUUGCAGCAUUCACUAACUAAAUAAAUGAAGGCUAAUUCGAAAAUGUUAGAUACUGCACAUUAUCGAACUUUAAAAAAUGAUGGUUAUCCUCGCAUAAAAUUACCAAUACAAACGCGAAAACAAGCAAUCAAAUAGCGGUAAAUGUCAGUAGGAAAAACGUUUCGUGGAUAUUUCUACCAUAAAACGUCAGAUAAAAAAGAGUAUUCUUUGAAAAAUAUAUACACAUUCUAUUGACAUACAUCAUCCAAUAUGUAAUUCGAUUCAAACCCUUCCUACUUUGUUGUAUGAACAAUGAGUAAAAAUAAAACCAGCUCAUUUUUAAUUAAUUUACAGUGAUUUGGUAUAUUUUGCCUCGAAUUCGAUGUAUUAAUUGGCUAAUGUGCUUCCUGUAAGGAUUGCUUUAAUAUAGUCGUCAUGAAAAUAAAUAGUAUUAAGUCUAUUUUACGUUCUGUCUCUAUCCAUUUCUUUCCGACUUUUGUGUAUCGUUUUAUACUACUCAUUAAUAUUCAGUAAACAGUUAUAUUCCUAGCAGUUUUUACGCUCAUGUUGUACCGCACAUUUAUCGUGUUCCAUAAUAUUUACAUAUACGUAUGACAUUUAUUGUAUUUGCCAUUUUAAUUACUUUCUCUCCAUCCCUGUAGCAACAUUUCGUAUAGUAGUUUAGUCUUUGUUUGGACACAACAGUUUCCACAUUGUUUGCUCUUGGUUCUGUUUUUGCUUGUUGGUAUCCUGUCAUCAAGAUUAGACAAAGCUAUUAGCUAUCAUUUGCAAUAUCGUAUGUUAUGAUGAUUUUUUACGUUAUUAUUACAGAAAGCCUUUUCUAUUUCAGACGCGUAAGGCGCUACAGAUCUCUCACAAAGUGACGUUUGUGGCUAAUUUAUGUAUAUUAUUCAAUAAAGAACCGAUUUUUAAACAAAUCGCUGUGCGUAUCUCAAAUGUGUGAUUUAGACGCUUCGAUAGAUUUAACAGAUAGAAUAUGCCUAGCAGUAUAACUCAAGACAUUCGUCUCGAUUUACUUGAGGCACGUCAUCUGAAUCCACCUGCAUCCCAGAGUUGAUGUUCACUCCUGUACUUAAACCCAGUAUCUAUUCAAUAUACUCUGCAACAAAAUGUGUCGAAUCGUAAAUCAUUGUUCUCUGUGGAGUUAUGUAUUGUCAGUCAUUGUGAACUAAAUAGCUGUUAGGAAGCAAAUCUUUGACACACUUGAAUAAAUCUACAUAUUUUCAUUUAUUGGUUGUACUGUUACGGAUAGCUUAAAGCGAAAUAUUGAGAAUACGAGCUAUGUUUUGAUUAAUUUUUCCUUAGCACCGUUAGCUAGGUAACCGUGUUUCUACGGCUUCUGAUUAUCGACUUGCAUCUUAUAUUUCCAAUGCAUAUAUGUUUUUGUGUAUCACUGUUAUCUACGUAAUAAUAAUUUUUUAUUGACUUGUUUAUUUCUCUACAGCAUUAGAUAGCGAAGUAACAUUUCGAUAUAUAUAUCCAUUUCUUUUCGCCUUGUUCAUCUGUUCAGUGUUAUUGACUCUGUGUAUCGACCAAAUUCGACGUCUUUAUCUGCAUAUUAAAGAUGAAAAAUAUUUAGUUGGCAAACAACUGCUAAAUUUUCGACCAUCACCAAGUCAAUCAUUAGUUCCAGCAUCAUCAUCAUGAUUAUCCGAUUGCCAGUUAGUUAAUUUGGACAUACACUACUAAUUCACAUUGUCUAGAUAUGUAAAAAUCAUCACUUGGUAUUUUUUGGAAGAAUCCCGCAACUUCACGUUUGGAACAUUUUGUUUGUACUCACUAAUGAUAUUUACUGUUUCUAACAACCCAACAUUUUAAAAAGAAUAUCACUGUUAGAGUAUUAUUUUGCAUAUACAAUCAAUAUACACCUCCCCAACCCGGGCACACAAACAAGUACAGUAAUCAAUGAUCUUUGAUUUAUUCUGUAUUUAAAAUAUUUUUUCUCGGUAAAACAAAGUACAUGUUUUCAAUUUUUUCUUAUAUCAAUUUUCUCGUGCUUUUUGUUUUCACUUGAAUAUGCUUUUAAAAAUAAAAAAAAACAAAGGUUAAAAAGAAUAGCAAAUUAAUGACAGAUGCAUAAUAUAAGCUGCACCAAACCGCAUACGCUCUGAGAAAAUACAUUUUUCUAUUAAUGUGUACACUGUUACUACUAUAGAGUAUAUUACUAUUAAAUAAUAUUGUAACAGAAAUGUAUGUUGAUGCAUUAGUGAAACAGCAAUGAAAUAUUCUAUUCCUUCUGUUUUUUAACUAAUGUGUAAGACAAUUAUACUUGUUUGAUGACCCAUUUUUUUCUACGGACUUGACUUGUACACGUACGCUAGUUUUGUAUCUACUAGUAUGUAGAUAGUCAUACUCUUUCACUGUGUCAAACACUUAGAAUAAGAACUGUUAAAUAAUAAUAUUUAUCGGAAAUUUCGACUGCACAAAAAAAUCAUGACCGC